AUCCAAAAUAUUUUCACAAUAGUCGGCGCAGGGACGGACACCUCUGCCACUGCUAUUUCCUUUACUUUGUUGCAGUUGGCGAUGUAUCCGGACCAUCAGCAGAAGUUGUACGAAGAAGUCAUGAAGAUUUUCCCAGAACCUGAGCCUCACAUUACCAUGGAAGCAUUGAAGCAACUUCAAUACACAGAGAUGGUGCUGAACGAGUGUCUUAGAUUGUACCCGGUGGUGCCCAUCGUGGUGCGCGAAAAUACUGCUGAUAUCACGCUUUGUGGACUCAGGAUACCGAAAGGAAACAAUUUUACAGUUCACAUUUACAACAUUCAACGACGGAAAGAUAUAUGGGGACCAAAUGCUGAUUCUUUCGACCCCGAACGGUUCUCACCUGAACGAUCAGCUGGAAGGCAUCCGUUUGCGUUUCUGGUUUUCAGUGGAGGAUCUCGGAACUGUUUGGGAAUUAGAUACGCAAUGAUCAGCAUGAAGAUAAUGAUGAUUUAUUUGGCGAAAAAUUUCAGGUUCAAAACUAAUAUACGCGAGGAAGACAUUCGGUUCCGAUUCGAAUCAAUGCUGCGUAUAAAAGGAGGUCAUAUGAUCCAGUUAGAGAAAAGACUAUAAGAAGAUGUUUUUAUUGUACGCAAAAUUCAAAAAUUUCAGAUGUUCAAUAGAGCAGUGAUUUGAUUCAUUCUUAUACAACAACUUUGGGCAAUAUUUUUUUCAUUCUAUCUUCUACUGUCCGGCAGUGCGUUAUGUAAAAAAAACAUGUCUAUUUACAUCUACUUAUCGAUAGCUUUAAUAACCAUAAAUAGGAACAUGUUUAACCCGGAGAUAGAAGGUGAUAGCUCUAUUGUGCAUUCAAAGACCCUUACCUUACAGCAUAAUGCUCAGACUUUUUUGAGAUGCUCAGGUUUGUCAGCACAAUAAGUCCUACAUGAAUACAUAAGAUAUUAGAACAAGAUUCAUACUUAUUAUAACCGCGGUAAAAGCGACCCCAUAUUGAAGCCAAUUCUAAACAAUUAUUUGAUAAUAAAUAAAUAUUAGGUUGGAACAUU